AUGACAUUUGCUUCCACAACCACCGCCCUCACUCUCUUCCACCGUCGAACACCACUCUCUUUCCCCAAAACCCGUUCUCCCCAACGAAACAGUGUUAUAGCAUUUUCUAGUUUCAGUAACCAAAUUGUUUCCAAAUUAAGUAUCCAAAAUGAAGAGCUCCAAGUUCAAACACGCAUGUGGAAUUGGAAGGGUUACUUUAUUCGCUAUCAAUAUUCUGGAAACAACGGUCCUGCACUAGUUUUGGUGCAUGGUUUCGGAGCUAACAGUGACCACUGGAGGAAAAACAUUCCAGAUCUAGCGAAAUCCCACCGCGUAUACUCUAUUGAUCUUAUUGGUUAUGGAUAUUCAGAUAAACCGAAUCCCCGGCUAAUUGGAGACGAUUCCUUCUAUACUUUUCAUACAUGGGCCAAGCAAUUAAAUGAAUUUUGUCUUGAUGUCGUUAAGGAUAAAGCAUUUUUUAUAUGCAAUUCUAUUGGAGGAGUUGUUGGUCUUCAGGCAGCUAUAGUGGAACCAGAAAUCUGUCAGGGGAUUGUACUUCUCAAUAUAUCUCUGCGUAUGCUUCAUAUAACAAAGCAGCCGUGGUAUGGAAGACCUUUCAUCAGCUCAUUUCAAAGAUUGCUUAGGGAUACUGCUGUAGGAAAAUUCUUCUUUAAAGCUGUUGCAACGAAAGAAUCUGUGAAGAACAUUCUUUGCCAGUGCUAUCAUGACACUUCCAAGGUGACUGAUGAGCUAGUGCAGAUCAUCCUUAGUCCAGGACUGGAACCUGGUGCUGCAGAGGUUUUUCUUGAGUUUAUUUGUUACUCUGGUGGCCCUCUUCCAGAGGAAUUGCUACCCCAAGUAAAGUGUCCAGUUUUGAUAGCUUGGGGUGACAAGGAUCCUUGGGAACCAAUUGAGAUGGGAAGAAAUUACGGAAAUUUUGAUUCAGUAAAAGACUUCAUUGUCCUUCCAAAUGUUGGGCAUUGCCCCCAGGAUGAAGCACCUCAGCUUGUGAACCCACUUGUUGAGUCAUUUGUGGCACGGCAUGCUAACUCUUCAUCUCUUACCCCGUCAGUUGAUUGA